ACGUCACGACGUGUUGCUGUUACGCUGUUACCAUGAACACGGAGCAACCAAAACGCUCCAGGUUUUAGUCAGAAUUAACGUUAGAUUAGCUAAACGUAAAAUAACAUGAUUUCCAAACAAAAAGCCUGUUAAUUCUCAGGCAGCCUGGACACACACAAACACAUUCAACAAGUUUAUACACCAAGAUGGAGACUGUGCUGGAAUCAGAUGAUGAGGAGCAACUUGGAAGUGGAGAAACUCUGGAGGAGGGGCAUGAAGAGCGGGAGGGGGCUCUCAGUAAGGACCAUGUUUCAGGUCCUCACUCAGAUCCUCAGGAGCCUCUACUGAACAUGGACGAGGCAGACGUCUGGUAUCCUGAGUCGUACAUGAUGAACUCCGCUGAUGAGACUCGACUGCUGGCCAUCGCUGACAACUUCCAGCGUCAGUAUUCAUUCCUGUAUCCAGACCGCAAGCCGCUGCUGUUCUGCCCUGUCAAUGAAUGUGGUGUGAAGAAAUUUGUGUCAACAACUAUUCGGCCCACAUCGACAAGCUUCUCGGAACUUUUCAGCUGGGAGGGUUGUGCCUCCUUCGUGGCUGACUUCCUGUCUCUGGAGCCUCUGGAGCCGCCCACUAACCUGCCCAGGUUCCUGUUCUCCUCCACCUCAGUGCUGCAGAGUCAGAGAGCCACAUGUUUUGAAUUUGCCACCCUGCUGUGCAGCCUGCUGCUCGGCGCCCACUACGACGCGUACUGUGUCAGCGGCUACGCAGUCAAAGAGAUGUGUCUGCUCGACCAGAGCCUGCAGGAGUGCCCCCUGCUGGACACUGAGAGUGUGAUGUCAGAGCAGAAGGAACAGGAGAAUAAAUACUCAGUGAAACCCCAGAAGGAGCUGAAGAGUCACUCUGUGAUGCAGGAGGAGAAGAAGAAACAGGAUGCCGAAGUAGCAUCACUGCAGAAACAGAAACUUCAGGAGGACAGUAGGCAGCCUCCUGGUGACGCCCUGCGAGGGCUGCGGGUGCACUGCUGGGUGCUGGUGUUGUCAGGAAGUCGGUGCAUUCAGGAGAACUUCUUCAUUGACCCUCUGACCGGCAACAGCUACAGCACCACCAGCAACAACUUCCUGGGCAUCGAGAGCGUGUGGAACAAUCUGAACUACUAUGUCAACAUGCAGGACUGCAGGAACGGCUGUACUGAUAUGGUGUUUGACCUAGAAGAUUUAGAGAUGUGGGAGCCAGUCUUGUACAGUGCCACCACCAGAAAGCAGCUGAUUCUUGGUGUCUUGAAAAAGGAGCUUAAGAUGAUGAGCAAGAUUAAUGAUGACAGUGACGAGGAGGAUGAGGAGCCCUGUGCGGUUGAGAUGCCGAGAUCCUGGGUCAGUUACAUCACUAUCUCAAAAAAAGAUCUGGAGAACCGCUGGCCAGGACAACAGAAGGUGACCCGCUACAGACAGGCAAAGCUGGAGAGGUUUGCAGCGUACCUAAGAGCAGACGGCGUGGUCGCACGACUGACUACCUACAAAGACCUGGACUGCACUGAUAUCGCCAUGAUCAAAGAAUGGUAUCAGCACAGAAACGACUUCCUGAAGGAGAGGGAGGUCAACAAGGUCGACAACUUCACCACAGAGCGCUUCAGACAUGGAAGACCUUUCAACCUUUUAUUCCACAGGUUCACAUCCUCAACCUCAAACACUGUGCAUGAGAUGGAGUUCAGCAGUGCUCAUAUGGACAAUCUGAUGCGGAGGGUGGAGUCGCCGGGUGAAAUGAUAGAGCUCUUUGAGGGCCGAAGCGACUUCCUUAACUACCGGCACUCCAUCUUUGAUCAACACAAGCCGCUUUCACGGUUAGAUUAUCUUCUAAACAACCACCACAUACAGAAAGUGGUGGAGCGUUUCCACAGGAACAAAUCCAAACCAGCCAAUGAAGACGUGGCAGAGCGAGUGUUCCUGCUGUCUCAGAGGCGGAUCGAGGUGACCUAUCACGUAGAGGAGCACGGCUUUAUCCCUUCAAAAAGAAACUUCAUCAAACCACAGGAGGUGACCUAUCACGUAAAGGGGCACGGCUUUUUCCCUUCAAAAACAAACUUCAUCAAACCACAGGAGCCAACGGUGCAGGCGAAGGCAAAGAAAAAAAAGGCAAAAAAAGACUUCACGCCUCACAUGGUCUCCAGGUUCCAGGUACAGACGGCAAAAGACUUCACGCCUCACAUGGUCUCCAGCUUCCAGGUGGAUCCAUCUGAGAAACCUCUUGGUACCCUGACUCUGCAUUGGAUGCUGGGGGCCCUGAUGGAGGAUGAGGAGAAGGUGGUUCUCCAAAUCAAAGUGUCUAAGAAAGAGGUGAGAGACAUUGUGGCCUGCAGAGAGCAAGAGGAGGGAGAUGUUCAGCUUCUCUUCUCCCCGUGGACGACAACAGGAGCUGUCAGGGUGCACAAACAGAGACAGGACAUGGAGCGUCUGGCUGCAGAGGAUCAGAGGUGGCUGCAGGAGAAGGAGAAGGACAUAUUGGCUCCCUUCAUGAUCCGGCUGGACUGUGAGAUCAUAAGCGCUGAGAACGCCAAGCAGCUGCACCGGGACUGUUUGGCCGAGUUUAAACAGAGAGUGGUGGAUCACGCCAACCUCAUUCAGGAACGCUUGGAAAAGGAGACACAGGAGCUGCAGAACAAACAGCUGUGGUACCAGAAGCACCAGCUCAACAUGACAGCACGGGAGGAGCGAGAGUACCAGCGCUACUGCUCAGAGAAAGCGCUAGAGAUACAUGUCACCAAGACACGACUCAGCAUGCACAAGGAAGCAGCUCCUCAGAAGUACCGUGUCCUGGAUCAGAAGCUGAAACGAGACCCUCGACUGGCCCCUCACCUGCUCCACUGAGACAAACAUCUGCCUUGUUCUUACAGACCAUAUGGAAUGUGGGAAUGUGCAUACUUCUGUAUAGGGAAAGCAAAGUACUGACUCUUGUUUCCUCAUCGAGUCAGCAGGGGGCAAGAGUGUGUUGUGUGUCUGUAUUUUACAGUAGAUCUGUGUUAGGUGAUUGUUUCAUCAGCCAAUUACUCAUCUCCAGCACAGUGUUCUUCACACAGUCUUCUUACAGCACCUACAUAUUUACCAGGUGUGCCACACUGUGACAUUGACCUGCAAAAUCAAAGUACAUUUUAUGAAAAUACAGUUUUCUGUUUGUGAGCUGGUUUUAAUGUGUUAUAGGUAAUAGUUUUUGUCCCACACAAAGAGGCUCAUGUCUGGAACAGCUGAAUUUCAAGUACAUAAACAGAUACAUUCACUCCAACAGUA